AUGAACGACCCCUUGAAACAGUAUCUAAAAUUCUCCGAUGCGGACCGACACGCUGGAGUGACUAUCACGAGAUCCAAGGAGCAUCAGGAAUCCAAGCCAUGCUACUUCUACUGGUCCCCCAGCACCGAUGAAGGAUUCAGGGUCUUUCGUGACUCGCCCAGUGAGGGCCUAAUGGAGGUGGAGGUGGAGUCAGAUUGCUCCUCACCAAUAACGCGGCAAUCAACCCCUCUUCACCUCUGGUACUUGGGUGCGGAUGAUGAAGCCGUGUCGUGGGAUAUCCCUCUUGGCGAGAAUCUAUCUCGAUCCGUUAUAAAAAGUGAAUGGAUCACAUACGAGCUCUUCUGGCCCGGAGGUGAGGUUCAUUUUUGGGAUUGGGGAUCGAAGGAUACAAGUAAAGAAACGUUGGAAAUCACGGAGCUGGAGGCGAACUCGACCCCGAUGACACUGCCUGGAGGCGCACGAUGCUCUUUCAGAUUGAUCGAAGGUAGUGCGCCGCCACCGCGGCCAAGGCGUUCAAGUUCUCCUGUGCUCGAAGUGGAUCCUGACACUCUUGCCCCAGGCGUACCGAUUCUUACCCUCGAGAUCGAAGCACCGCCGACAUGGAGAACCCAGGAAAGCUGGCCUUUGACCUGGAAGCUUACCUACCAUGGGGUAUCAGGAGACGAGACCCCCCGACCGAUUACCUUCUCAGUCAAUGACUUGUAUGCUUGGAAGGCAUCUUGCUUCUAUCGGCGUAGUCCGGAAACGGGAGAGUGGAACUCCUGGCGCAGUUAUUCUACGGCCGGAUACGCUGUGUUCGAGGAAGAAGAUGUUCCGUGCGCAGUGGGUACAAGCGACGGUUUUAUGUCACUACAGCCCAACGAGACCUGGACUGAAGUGCGAGAGCUUGAGACUAUGAUUGAUCUACCAGAAGAUGCUCGAGAUGGAGAGGUCUUGCGACACCUGUUCAAAGGAUGCAGGUUAAGUUGGUGGGACUGGGGAACAAAGGAAGAUCAUAUAGAUACCAUUGUAUCAGUCAUCGGAUUCGGCGUGAUUACAAGUCCACCCGAUAAUGAUGGACGGCCAGAGGUGGUGAUACCAGCUUCCGAUAUGGUAGAGUUCACAGUUGUGAACUAA